AACAACGCUAAAACAUAACAAAGAUAAUAACAGGGACCCAAAAGGGAAAGAGAGAUGGGGCACAAGAACACAAUUUUCUUGGCACUGAUUAUUGUUUUGAUCACAAAUGAGGGCAUGGCAGAACAGCAUGCAGUUGGUGGAAGCCAAGGUUGGGAUGCAUCCACAGACUUCAAGUCUUGGGUUUCAGGCCAAACAUUUAAUGUUGGCGAUCAACUUGUUUUCAAGUACUCUUCUGGGCUGCAUAGCGUGGUUGAACUAGGCAGUGAGAGUGAGUACAAGAAUUGUGAUGUUGGGAAUGCAGUGAACUCAAUGAGCAGUGGCAAUGAUGUUGUGAAACUGAACAAGCCUGGUACACGUUACUUUGCAUGUGGUACUUUAGGUCAUUGUGGUCAAGGUAUGAAGGUGAAGAUCACAACAGUGUCUGGAACAUCAUCAUCUUCUUCUUCUUCUUCUUCUUCACCUACUUCAUCUUCAGCCUCACACUGCUUCACCUCUCUUCUGCUCAUUGUUGCAUCGUUCAUUGCCUCUCUACUUACACAGUUUUGAUUCACGAUAUAAGUUGAGCUUGUUCAAGUUUUUCUAGCAUGGUCAUUUUCAAAUAAUAGUUAAAUAACAUUGGUCAUGGACAUUUCUUUUAAUCAAUUUCGAAUUGUUAUACAGAGAAUAUCAAUAGUGGUGUACUUUUUGAGA